GAAACCAAAUCACUCGUCUUCCUCCUCCUUCCUCCCACUUCAUUCCCCGCCUCCCAAAUCCCAAUGCGGACUCGCUUCCUCGCCACCGACUACUUCUCGCCGGCGCCAGCAGCCUCCUGCUCGGACCAAGCCCUAGCCCUAGCGUCCUUGCGCUUCCCUCCUCUUCCCGUCCCCUCCCUUCCCGCCGACCCGCGUUUCCCCUAUCCCCUCCCUUUCCCCGCCGCGGCCGACCUCCCUGCAGUCAGCGUCACCGGCGGCGGUCUCGACUGUCUCCCCAUAUCCUCCGCGCUAUCCGAGUUCCUCGCGGCCGUUAUUCCGCAGGCCCUGCCUGUGCCGACUCCCCCCGCCGCCGACGAGGGAUUGGAUGAUUUCCUCUACGACAGGGGCGUGUAUAGCAAGGGCUUUAACUCGAGGGAGUCUGUUGCAUCAAAAAUCCCUGAUGGAUUGGACGAGAUUAGCCGCGAGAAGGAAGGGGAGGGAGACGGAUCCAAAUCCAUGUCAGAUAGAUCGGGGACCUACACUGAUACCAAGAGAUGGGAAUUGCUGAAGGAGCAUAUAUUUGAGGUUGCAGAGGUUGAUCUCCCGCAGGUUUUGGAAGGACCCGUUGCAUCCUUUGGUGGUGACGAGUCGGGUGAUGGUGUGAAAAUCCAUGGUCCAGAUGUGAAAAUCCACUUGGAUUUCAUUGAUAUUGACACUGAGAUGACAUUGAGAUAUCCAACUGAACUUGCGGAAUCUAUUUAUCAAGUAGAGAAAAUCCCUGUGAAGCAUAAUGAUGAGGAGGAUCUUUUGUCCGCAAGAAAUAGUAACUUCCCAGCGAUUGCAGCGUUAGAUUGUGGUGUAGCAAUACCACAACUGGAGGUUAGUAGGCAUUCUUGGGAGCUUAAUGAGUGUCCCACUAAGGCAGAGGUAUCCAAUAUUUUUCAUAACAUUGUUGAACAUUUGGGUGGAGCACAAGUUCAGCAUCCAGUGUUAAACUCAACUGAGUUCUUGAGAUCAACUGAUAUUGACAUGUUGGCCUUUGUUUCCAAAGAUGCCCCAUGUCCAGACUAUCAAGCAGGUGAAUCAAUGACAGUCAAUGCUGCAGUACAAAUGGAUCUUGUGAGGGUCAAUGAUAAUCUUCUACUUGAGAGAAACUCAGCAUUAUACCCUCUCAAGCCUGAUGGGACUAUUUCAGACUUGCCUUACUCAGUUCUUUUAGAAGAAGUACAGAUCAUUGAUUCUCCUUCAGAGGAUGUCUUCAGAAUGCUUGUUCAGUCAGAUGCAGCUGAGCUGAAUACAUCUGAUGAAAUAUUCAAAGACGACUUUUAUCAAGCAAGACGUUCCUAUGAAUCAGUGGUUAGCUCUGAGUUGGUGCUGGUUGACGAUACAUUCAUAUCACUACCUACACCUAUUUUAACUGAUGAAGAUAUGACACUGAGGUCUAUGGUCCCCCCGAUGGGAGAAAUACUUUACUCCCUGAAACCACAUUCUCUUUCUGCAGCCGACAGAAUUUAUUUGGAUUGGCAUCUUUUAUUGGAAGGUCCAUGCAACCGGGAGAUCUGCUCUACCUAUGCCAGCAUGGUUGAGGAGGUAAAAGGUUGCCAGUUAAACUCUGAGCUGCAAGUCAGUUGUCAGCAGACACCAGCACUUGGCUUUGAUUUUCUUGAGUAUUUUUGGAGAAGUGCAAAGCACCAAGAUGAGGACAAACAGAACAAUAUUUGUGUUCCUAUCCCUGUACCUCAUGAUCCACCUGCUGUAGUGAAAACAGCUCAGGAAUACAGACAAGAAAGUGAUACUGGAGACCAUGGUUGCAUGGAAAAGUCGAGUUCAGAAAAGGCAACUUCCUUAUUCCAGUCAAUGUCACAAUCCAGUGAAUUAAACUUCUACUUGAAUGUCAGAAGCAGCACCAAGAGAGGAACUAGUGCUCAAAAUAAUUCUACUUUCGAUAUCCCUACUUUAAAUGAAGCAGUUUCUUUUCCAAGCAGGCCUAAAGUUGACAAGCUCAUAGAAAUUCAUUCUGUCAGCCUCCCAGAUUCUAUCCGAGUCCUUAUCAAACACAUCCAUACAAGCUAUACAUCUGCUUUGCAAGAAAGUGCAUAUUUGAGGUAUACUUUCUCGGAUGGGCAUGGUUUAAGCAUUUCAAAGCAGAAGCUUCUUGGACUUAUAACUGGAGGAGGUUCAGAUGGCCUUGAUAGUCGCUGUAAACAUGAAGAUAAGAUAGAACUCAUUGUACUCUAUGGAUUAAAACAGGUUGCAUAUUAUCUAUGUUUCUUCGGUUUGCACGCUGCCCAUCUGUACAUGAACAACCUGAUUGGAAGCUUUGAAAAUAUUCCUGAGAGAUUAAAAAAUAGUCAUUGUUUCAUCGAUGAAGCACUAUGGAAAGCAGAGAAGCAUCAGAUUGACUCUCACCCAUCAUUGCAUGACAUUGAGAUGAUCCUGAGAUCUAAUACCCGUAUCAGCCAGAAGAUCCUUGUAGUUGCCGAUAGAGCUUUCUGGCUGCCAUUGGGUAAAAAAUUAACUUCGAUGAAGAUGACAUUUGUUGAGCUAGGAAAAGACCCUGCUGCAUCUUACUUAGAUCCAGUGAACAGGACAAAUCCUACAACUUGGGUGCUGGGAGGAUUACCAAAGUCAGACUGCAUUCUGCUAGAUAAUAAGAACAUUCCAGCUUCAUUCCCUUUCAGCGAGUUUGGCAUCAUACUGGAAUAUGGAGGUCCAAAUAAAUCAUCUACCUUGUUGUCUCUGGCUCCUAAGUUAAACGGUUUUCCACCAUUACAUUUCCUCUAUGUCAAAUUGGAUGUUGAAGACCCUUCGGUUGCACUUGUUGAGGACAACCCUACAGACGAGGAGUUGAAAGCCACAAUGGAUUUGGUUCUGCAUGCACUUAAGAAGGAUCUGCAAGAGAAGAUGAACAAGAUGCGUAUUGUUGAUUCAUUGAACUUUGUACCAGCAACUACUCAGCUGCAAGAACGGCAUGAAAAUCUGUGCAAACAUCUCACUGCUGAUUCAACAAAAAAUUUACCUGCAGAUGAUCAACUGCUCAAGCUAGAAAAUUUGGAGAAAAAGAAUAUUGUCAAUGCACAUAAUGUUGUGCCUGCAGCUGAACAGUGGCACAUAGAGGAAAUGCUGAGCAAAAGAACUGUUCUCCAUUCACGACAUUUUGUGCCUGCACUUGAGAAGAGCAGCUUGACUUCUUCUGUAUCUGCAAAUGUGAUAAAAGCCCCACAAGACAAUCUAUCUGCUACUGACUUGCCUUCCAAUGUAAAAGUUGGCAGCAUCAUUCCGGGGAGAUUAUCUAACCCGGUGAUUGUUGUAAAUACUGGAAGUCACGGAAAGAAUAUGAUUUUCUCUCGGAGAUCGUCUUAUCAGCAGAUACUAUCUUUGGAGAAAGGAGGAAUGCAGGUUGUGGAACGAGAUAUUGAUCUUCCCGUGGACCUAAUACUCAGUGCUUCAGUUUGCUUAGUAUGGUUUGAGACCAAAAUCUUUGGGAGCAAUGAAUUCACAGCGUCAACAGAGACAUCUAGUAUACCAAAUUUUGUAGAGACCAUCGCGACCAACAUUCUGAUGUCAAUUAGUUUCUGUUUCUGUGGUUGCAUAAUGGUAUUUGAAGGCGAACCUCACUCCCUUUCUGCUGUAAUGGAGUCAUCUGAUUCUCUAUAUGCUGCAGCUGCUAGUCUGGCCAUGAACUUGCAGCUAUUCUUCUCGCACGUGCCGAAAUCAACAGACGAGAUAAUUGUCAGUUGCAUUAGGAAUGCGAAUAGGUUGAAUAAAGCUCCUUCUCCAGAUAUACCUGAAUCAGAAAGCUUGGCUGAAUCAUUUCUCACAAAAUUCCCAUCAAUCAAUCCCUUGUCUGCAUACAUUAUUCUUUCUUGUGGAGGCAGCUUUGUGGAGUUCCUCGGUUGGUCAUAUGAGCGCCGUAUUCAGGCUGCUAAAAGUUACCUGUUGUCUCCGCAGAGCAUUUCUCUGUUCAAUGCUUUGUGCAAAUUUGGUGAGCUAGGUGAUUCUAAGUCUGUAAUGACCGAUUGCUCUUCUGUAGAUUCAGACAUCUGUAGUGCAUUGUUGCAGUCUCCAAGGAAAAGGAAAAGGUGUGCCUCACGAGCUUUUGCAGUACCACCUAGUGAUCGCCUCCAUCCCGAUCCUCUAAACCGAUUGCCUGGUAACUAUGUAGAACAUAAUGUGUUCUCACAGCCCAAGUCCAGGAGGUGCUCUGAUGUGGAGGAUGCAAUGCCUCAGUUCCCAGAGGUCUUUAUGUUUGAUCAAAGUUUGAGUAGGGGAGGUGAAGGGGUCUCUUGUGUACCAAGAAAGCACGAUAUUGAUGCAAUAAGUGGCAAUCAGAUCAUGAGUGAUCAUUUCAGCAAUGGUUUGACUACACAUAUGAGGCAUUAUGACCGAAGGGCAAGCAGUAUGGUCGACACAUUCGACUUCUCUUGGCAACCGGAAUCAGUGGGUAAAGAACCAAUCAAAAACUCUUUUCCCCCAAGCAAACCAUCAUCCAGCAGAACUUACACUCAUCCAGUAUUUCCAACUGCAUUGGAGAUCAAUGAUGAUACUGGUGACUGGGCCAUUCCAGGAGGUGCACAUCACACAGGGAAGGGUGGGGAUAUUGCCUCAACUGCUUGCAGAAAUGAUAUGGGCAGCAGAUAUCACGAACCAAGAGAGGGAAUAAUGCAGAGUCCAGGAAGUUGGCUUGCUUUUCUGAAACAGGAUUCUGGCUUUCCUGCAACUUCACACGGCUUAGGCUGGGAAAUGGAUUAUCUAAGGCAAAUGAACGAGAAAAGAAGAGCGGGUCAGGAGAGAUCAAGAUGCAGUACAUCAGCAAUUACGUCGAACUCAAGGAUGAGGGAUGGAGCCUCUGAGAUUCGAAGUCCUCCACCUAUUGAUUCAUUCAGAUACCGAGGAGGCAGAGACACUCCUUUGAGGGAUCGGAGCCCAUCUGUUGGGAUUCACCGUUAUGGGAAAGCCAGAGGAGGACCUAAAGCUCAUACCAAUAGGGGAAGAAAAGAUUUCAAGAUGCAACCAAGUGCAAGUCAUGAAAACAGGAGGGAGCCGUCCAUUGAUCUUACAUGGACUCCCAUCGACAAGCGAGCGAGACAGAAACUUUUGUUUGCAGCAGACGGGAAGGAAAAGCAAAGCAAGCUGAUCUGGAGAGACCAAAACAGCCCUGGUAUUGGGUGUGGCUUCCGGAAAAGAUACCGGGAAGAAGGUACGUAGACGUAGGAUUAGAGGCCCUCCGCCCUCGGUCCUCAUGCAAAUUAGUGAUGAUGUUUAACUGAUAAAAUAUAUCCCAUGGAAAUAUAUGUUCACAACACUUUGUAGUAUGUAUGGACUUUGUUGGAGGUAGAAUGUGCACAAAGUAAUAGUACUUAGUACUAGUAUAUGUUUAUCUGGUCUGUCACGGCACAAUUCGUUCUGAAACAGUGAGGUGGGUUCACCCUGUGUCAUUUGUCCAUCAUUUUACAGAGGGAACAAGGAAUGUUUGUCCUGUUCAGGCUGCAAGGUUGAUCUGGUGUUUGCAUACGUUU